AUGUUUAGAAUCCAAAUCCAGAUGGAUAAAAGUGAAGUAGUCAAAGAUAUUUUGUACUUGUCAGAAUCCAGAAAUACAAGCUUGUACAAUCUGCCCAAAAUCUGUGACAACUUCUCAUCUGCCACCAAGGUCAGAAAGAAGAUAGAUGCUGUGAUCCAGCAGAAUGACAAGCUGAUGGAGAAGAAACUCCUUUCCAAAUCAAGACAGAUCGAGUUAAAGUGCAAAGCCAGACUUACUGAAGAGUUCAAAGACAAGAUCCAGAAUCUAGAAAACCAGAAUGCUACUAAAGAUAUUAAGAUUAAGGAACAUGAAGAUAUCACACAGCAAGCAAUUAAAAAUUCUGAAGAAAUUUCAACAGAAAAAGACCUCCUACAAACCGAGAAUAAAGAUCUCAAAGACAUCAAAACCCAGCUUGAGGAAGACUUGAGGGUAAAACUAGAAGAGAUUAAGGCAUCUAAGAGCCAGCAUGAUGAAGAUCAGAAAGAGAUAGCCAAAAUUUACGAGGAACUGAAACAAAGCGAAUCUGAGCUUGAAGAAGCCAAAGGAGUAAUCCAAGGUCUCUACAAAAAUAUACAUUCAGACUUUAACCCUGAAACGAAAGAAUUGAAACUUGACAUGAGUGAAAACAAAUCAAGGAACUUGGCCAAAGCAAUGGGAGUGUGUAAAUACUCUUUUGGAGAUAUGAAUAGGCUUGAGAUUGAUUGUAUUUUCAAUGAAGACCAUACUCUGAAUAACUUCUUCAAGAACUGUAGCCAAUCCUCCCUCAGACUACUUUCAUUAAACUAUAACUUUCUUGGAUCAAACGGGAGCCAUGCUCUGAAACUAAAGUUUUACCAGGAAGGAUUGCAAAACCUGCUUGUCAAUGUAACCAAAGAGGUUUACUUGAAAAACUUGAUCGUUAACGGAAGUGAUCUGAACCAUAUUGUGAAGUCUUGUGUGAACACUGAAAGGCUGACUAUUCGUUAUAGCAAAAUUUAUACUUGAGACUCUCUGGAUUUCUCCACUCCUAGUCAAUCUAAACUUGAGUACCUUAGCUUUUAUGAGUGAAGAGGGUAUGAAUGGUGUUCGGAAGAAUGGAGCAAAUACUCUGAAAAAUUCGAGAAGAUUAUAGUUGCCAUUAAGAAAUCUUCUCUCAAGGACUCUCUCAAGACCAUUAAUGUCAGGAAAUGCAAGAUCUCAGUAUCUAAAUUAAAUGAGCUAUUGAUUAUUCACGGUCUCUCACGCAUCAGUGCUAUUGAUGAACAGAACUUUCCUCUGGAGGAAUAA